AUGCUAGUAUGUCAAUACGCAAAUAAUGGGAAUCUCUAUCAAUACCUUGAGAAACAUUUUGACAUCUUAACAUGGGGAGACAAGAAAUCGAUAAUUCUUGAAAUUGCCUACGGAAUUAAAGCCAUUCACGACGAAGAUCUAAUACAUAGUAACUUACAUCCCGGAAACAUAUUACGACAUGUGAAUCGAAAAACCGGUGAUCAACACACUUACAUUAGUGAUCUUGGAAUUUGUAAUCCAGUAGAUGAGAGGCAUACAAGUAAAGUGUAUGGUGUCUUACCAUUUGUAGCACCCGAAGUGCUUCAAGGUUCUAAGUGCACAAAAUCGUCGGACAUUUAUAGCCUAGCAAUGUUGAUGUGGACCAUAAUCACAGGAAGAAAGCUUUACUCUGAUCGUCCACAUGAUGUCUACUUGAUUUUGGAAAUCUGUUCGGAACUACGGCCAGAAAUUCCCAGGAGCACACCACACACGCUUGUCGAUUUGAUCAUGAAAUGUUGGGAUUCCGAUCCAACAAAACGACCGGGCAUUCGUGAGGUUAUAUUUAUGCUGAAUUGGAUUCCAUUUUCGGAAGGAGGUCCCAUUGAACUUAGCACCGAUCCAUUUCCGCAGCACCAGAACGCCAUUUAUGCAAGUCACCUGUUGUACUCUCAUGACACGGAAGAGAGGCUUAGGAAGUUGAAAGAGGAAGGUUCAAGAAAGUUAAAAGAAGAGAUCAGGAAGGAGGACCUCGAGGGAUUUGUAGAGAUCAUUAAUGAUUUGGAUGUAUUUGUUGAAG